UAGGAACGUCACGAGUAAUUGAUUAUUGAAGAGUAGGUACCAAAUAGAUAUUAAAUUUACAAUCCUAUAAUCUUGCACUAUACCUACAAAUAAUUAAAAAAGAGUGGUAUAAAUUAUAAAUAUCAAGUUAAAGAUAACAACAGACUACCUAUUUAUAGGAAUGUUUGCUUCAAGUUUACUUCAGUUAAUUUCUUCCAUCGAGCUAAUAUUUUUCAAGUGGCAUGGUAUUAUUACGUAGUAUUUUUUAUUUGAUUCAUGAAUGAGUAUUUUCCAGAUGUAGUAAUGAAAGUUUUAUUCAUGAGAUUUCAAAUUGAAAUAUGUACCUACUGAGCAAUUGAUGAAAAUUAAUUAAAAACAUAAUAAUCAUAAUAUAAGUAUAUUAAAAUGCAAACUUUAGAAAUAAAUAACAUCCACAGAAGUAUUUUUCAAACUCAGCCAAAUUAUUGUCAAAUACCAGUUGUUGACUAUAAAAAUUUACCAUACGACACCUUUUUUGAAAAAUUCAUGUUACCGAAUGCUCCAGUUAUAAUUCAAAAUAUAUGUAAUGAAUGGGAGUCUUCCAAACAUUGGGUUGUGAAUGACAAAAUCAAUUAUGAUUAUUUUAUAACUAACUAUGGAGAAUUUGAAGCUCCAAUAGCAGACUGCAACAAAAUUAACUUCAAUGCUCAAUGCAAAUGUGAUAUGAAAAUAAUAGACUAUAUAAACUAUUUAAAGAAUGAAAAUAAACAAGAGGUUUUGUACCUUAAGGACUGGCAUUUGAAAGCAACUUUACAAAAGGAAAAUCUUGCUUAUAAUUUUUACAAAGUCCCUACAUGUUUUGCUUCUGAUUGGCUAAAUGAAUAUGCUGAAGAUAUGCAAGAAGAUGAUUUCAGAUUUGUUUAUAUAGGUCCAAAAGAUUCAUGGACACCAUUACAUGCAGAUGUGUAUUCCUCAUACAGCUGGUCAGUGAAUGUUGUUGGUAGAAAAAAAUGGGUUCUCUUUCCACCAGGAGAAGAAGAAAAACUAAAAGAUACCCUUGGCAAUUUGCCACUACUUUUCAACACACAAGAUCAUAAAAAUAUAAAAUACUUUGAAAUAAUUCAAGAAAAAGGAGAUGCAAUAUUUGUACCAUCUGGAUGGUACCAUCAAGUUUUUAAUUUACAUGAUACUAUAUCUGUAAAUCAUAACUUUAUUAAUUCAUGUAAUAUAGAGAAAGUCUGGAUGGCAUUACUAAAGAAUUUGGAAGAUGUAGAGAAAGAAAUAGCAGAAUUUAAGGACAGCCCAGAAUUUGUUAGUCAAUGUCAAGUGAUUUUAAAAUCCUUAUUUGGUAUGGAUAUGCAAAUUUUUGUUAAUUUUAUUAUCUACAUUGCUAAAAAACGAGUAAAUCAAAUGCAUGGUAAAAAGUUUACAGUAUUUAAUGAUUAUACAUUUGGCAAUAACCAUAUUGCAUUUGACUUAAAGAUUCUAUUAAAAAUCUUAAAAUACAUUGAUGACCAUCCCUUAAUUAACAAUAAAAUUAUAAGCCAAGAUUUAAUAUCUGAACACCAUGAUAUUAUAAAAAAAAUAUCUGAAAUAAUGAAAUAAAUAGAUGUUUUAAAGAUUA